GGGGCCGGGAUGGGGAUAUGGCCGCGCCGGGAGCUGCGCGGCCCCGCAAGGCUCUGUCUUCUGGAAGGCUGACAGGAGCAGCUAAACUAACAACUGGAAGAAAACAGUUUGGCUUAAGAAAAGGAUAUUCUGAUGUAGAAUUCUAUUCCACUGACUCUGACAAUCAGGCUGAUUCUAUUCAUAAUGGACUUGAUCAUUGUGCAGCUUUACUGAAGAAUAUCUUACAAAAGGAAGCUACAGGAAGGGAGACUGUCCAUAAACAACCUGGGAAAAGAACUACCUUUAAUGUUACUUCCAAGCCUUUGCUAACCAAAGGGAAUACUUCCAAGAAGAAAGGRUUAAAAAGAAUCAUUACUCCUGUCCCUGUUCAAAAACAAAUUCUGCCAAUAUUGAAUAGAAAGGUUGCCUCAUCUACCACACCUUCUGCUGAGAAGGAACUUUCCAGUGCAGUACCAAAUCAGAUGGUUCCAUCAAUUCAUGUGCCUUGCAGUGAGCACUCUCCUGUGGCAUAUCAGAAAUUGUACGAGCAUGUGCAAACUCAGAUGUCUCUGAUAACUGGCCAAUCCCCACAGAAGAGUAAUGAAAUUCCUACUGUAACUCCUUCUCCUACCUCGAAUCAAGGGUGUCARAAUGUUACAGCUUUGAAUUACCAGUUACCUGCCUCCACAUCAACACUGUCCCUGCAGCAUUCAGCUAAUCCCUUAUCCACUCAGUCAGGUGUUCCUACAGACAGUGCCAAUGAAUCUGUGCCAGAGAUGGGAGGACCUGUGGUUUGCCCCAUGGUUGCUGCUGCUGCAAAAACACAGUCUGGCAAUGCUCUUCCUGGUGUGAUCCCUUGUACAUCACCAGGAGCAUCAACCCCUUCAGUGCCUGCAUUGAUSCCAACAUCUUCUGGCAGAGAGAUGGCCCCAAGCCAAGAGCACCAGAUAAAAGAAGCAGAUUUGAUACGGUGCAUACAAGCYCUGUUACAAUCCCAUGAAAUGCUGAAUGGCAGGACUGAACAGAGGUGCCAUCAUCACUGUCCAGUGAAACAUGGUGGCUCCUGUGACACAGAGGAAGACACUCCUGAAGAGCACAGUGAGGACAUGGUGUCCUCAAGUGAAGAAGAUGAAUUGAAUGUACUUGAUGUAUCUCCAGUGAGAGAUACAAGCUCUAAGACAAGUUAUGUGAAGAAAGUUCUAAAAUCUAUGAAAGAAAGGCCAGAAGAAACAGCCCAUAAAGUUAGGACUGUAAAGUAUCUUUUGGGUGAGCUCAGAGCACUGAUAACAGAUCAAGAUGACUCAGAAAUGUUAAGGUUGAUGGAUGAAAUAGAAGACUCCAUAUCAUUGCUCCCAGCUGUAGUGGGAAGUACGAAUAUCCAGGCUGAAAUAGCACUGGCUUUGCAGCCUCUGCGGAGUGAGAACGCUCAGCUGCGCCGGAGACUAAGAAUACUAAACCAGCAACUUGGACAACAAGAAAACAGUGAGAAGACAUCUGGACAGAGCUGCARCUAUGAAUUGGUUUCCUUGCAGUCCUUGAAUAUGAUGCUCCAGAGUCAAUUGAAAGAAUCGCAGAAAGGCCUUGAUUCUCUGCAGGCUAAAAAUGAAGAACUACUGAAAAUAAUAGAAAGUCAGAAAGAAGAAAACAAACAUCUUGCAAAAGGUAUUCAAGAUAAAGAAGAAGAAUUGCUCGAAAACAAACAGCAUUAUGACAUUCACUCUACCAAGCUCAAGAUUGAAGUGGAAGAGGCUUUAGGAAACGUGAAGAGCCUUCAAUUUAAGCUGGAAGCUUCAGAGAAAGAAAAUAAGAUUUUGGGCAUAACUCUCCGUCAGCGUGAUGCAGAAGUUAAGAGACUGCGGGAAUUAACCAGAACCUUGCAGGGAAGUAUGGCCAAGCUUCUGUCUGACCUCACAGGGAACAAUGUUAGACCCAAACCUGAAAAAAYUCUCUCCAAGUCUCUUUUGGAAGACCAUGAAAAGCAGAUGCAACCUGAGCUGUUUCCUGGGAGUACUUCGGUAAUGACUUACCUUAAAAAAUUAGAAAUGGAUCAUAUUUUGGUAGAUACAGAUCUUCAAUUCUCAAAUAAAAUUGGAGAAGUAGGAAUGCAAAAUCUGUCCUAUGAAAAGUUUGCUGCUGAAGGAACUAAAACCAACAGUACAUUCACAGAAGAAGKAACAUCAGCUCCCAGAGUACAAGUUCCAUUGAACCAAGACACAGAAACAGUGAGUGAUUCUGGGACUUUAAUAGAUGACCAAACCAAGCUGGAUGAGACAAUUUAUAUUCCACUGACUAGCAGUGCCUCUAAAAAACAGCAGCCAGUCUGUGAAAGAAAUGGUGUGCUACCCCAGAGCAGAGAGGCCUGUAAGAGGUUGGAUUACCACUGUGAGCUCCCAAGCUCUGUGCAGCAGUAUGGCUAUGAGGAUCCAGCUGUACUGGAUAAAUUWAAUGCUGUGGAAAACAUGCUUGAAGUUACAGGGGAUAAAACAAAGCCAGAAGGAGACAAAGUCCAAAUAAGACUAAGAGGCAUUUCAAGUGGAGCUGCAAAAGAUUUCAUGGAUAUACCAGACCAAUAUCAGUGUGGUGCGUACCCUCGUGCAUCAAUGCCAUUUCCAACAGGGRUUUCUCAGAGAACAGGCAGUAAAGUAGCUGAUGUUAGUUGCAUUUCAUUUGAUGAUUUAUCAAGRAGGUCUGACUGGAGUGCAUCUUCUUUCUCAACAUUUACUUCUCAAGAUGAAGAGGACUUUAAAAAUAGCUUAGCAGCCUUGGAUGCCAACAUAGCCAGGUUACAAAGGACUCUGCAAAGUAACAUCAGGAAACAAUGACUAUGAGAAUGCAAAAGGGGCUGCAGCUAUUUGGAUAAAUUAAGUUUUUCUGAAGUAUAUUAAGUAUGGUACUGAUAUGUAUAUUUGUAUGUAACAACUUGUUCCUAGGUGACCCAAUUAUGGAUAGAAUCUGUUCCUCAUUACACUGUGGCACKGUUCCCCUUGAUUGAUUGUGCACAACUUGAAAUAACUGGCUUUUUAUAUAAAAUAUAAAUGGCCUUUUUAAUUAUGACUUAGUUUUUAUACUCUUUACUUGCAAAAUUAAAUGUGCUUGUUUACUGGUGGUUUUUUUCCUUCCCCAAAGAGCUAUUGUAAGGUGCUGUACAUAAGCAAGAGCUUCCACGGUAGAGGCCUGGGAAGGGCUGGUUACAGAGUUUCAGCUGCUCAGUCAGGAUCUUGCUAUUUCAAAAAUAAAUGCAGCCAUCAUAUGUGAUUUUUAGUGCAUGAUAUAUCCUAUGAAAUAUAUGAAGCAAUCCUUUUUCACUCACCACUGAUAAAACUUUGUUUUCUGUUUGGACCAUUGUACUUGAAAAAAGGAGCUGAUGAAGUGGAGAGUCCAGAUGAGGGCAAGAAAAGAAUUAUCAACAUUCUGUUGCUUUCUACAGUUCUGUUAGAGGUCAUGCUUUUUACAAAUGUUUGCCUUUUAUCUAAAGUGAAAGACAAUGUAUUACCAAUGAAUAAACACAGAUCAGAAAGAUGCUGAGGAACAGAAGCAGCAGAGCUGACACAAAGGAGACAAAUGAGGCAUUAGUGAAAGCUGACAAACCAGUACAGUUAGGAAAACACCAGAAUACACAGCGUGAGGAAGGCUUGGAAAUUCUACAGUUGUUGAGGUGUCAAACAUCUCUUGGACAUAAACAGAGAGAGUCUGGACUGAAUCACCCAAAUUGGCUCUCACAGGAAUGGGAGUGGAGCAGGGAAUGAUUCCAGUCUGUUGUUCUCCCUGACAGGCCUUUCCACAUCUCAGUMUCAAGAAUAUGCAUAAUGUAAGUUUAAUUUACAGGUAGGGGAAGGUGGUAUUGCUACAAUUCUGUGCCUCUUACAUCCUCAGCAGGGCUUCAGAGCUCUUUUUCAGGGAAAAUAUCUUUGGAAAAGGA